GCCAUGUCUGAGAGGAGAACGCGGUCCGGAGGGGCCGCUCAGCGCUCCGGGCCUAGGGUCUCAUCUCCUACUAAGUCUCUACGAAAGUCCCAGCGGAAAUCAGGCUCAGAUCUCCCAAGCAUCCUUCCUGAAAUCUGCCCUAAGACACCCCGUGCAGCUCCAGUCAGAAAGCCCAUCGUCUUGAAGAAGAUUGUGGCCCAUGCUGUAGAGAUCCCAGCUGUUCACUCGCCACGCCGGAGCUCUCGGAUUGCUUUUUCUUUGGAAAAAGAAAAUAACCCUCCCAGCAGUGAGCCUACUAAGGAAGACUUCUUCAAGAUAUGUAGUGUCCCUGUCACCCCAACCACCACUCCUGUGUUCACCCAGAACACUGAGCCAAACUCCAGUGAAGGAGAUCUUGAUGCCAGAGACUUGGAAAUGUCUAAGAAGGUCCGGCGGUCCUACAGCCGCCUUGAGAGCCUUGGUUCAGCCUCUACCUCCACCCCCGGCCAUCGGUCCUGCUUUGGCUUUGAGAGGCUGCCAGAGGCAGAAGACUUGUCUGGAGUCUCACCUGUGAAGUGUUCAAAGUUAAUCGAGGUUCCCAGGGUCCCAGUGAAGCCCUGGGCCCCAGACACAACUCUCCCUGGAAUCUCCCCGCCAGUUGUGAAAGCAAAACGAAAGAAGAAGGUGCCGGAGAUCCUGAAAUCGGAGCUGGAUGAGUGGGCCACGGCCAUGAAUGCUGAGUUUGAAGCUGCUGAGCAAUUUGAUCUCCUGAUUGAAUGAGAUGAAGUGGGGGUGCACCUGGCCAGACUCUCCUUUCCCUGUACACAGUCCCCUCUCUGUGGAAAAGACACUUGGGGUCCCCUCCCCUGGCCUUGUUACCUGUCUGUGUGCUGUUGCUGCACUUGAGACCUGCUCGCCUCUGAGGGCUUAUGCAGUGGUGGCAGCAGUCUCAGUUUCAGGAAGUGGGCCCUGCCUAGCCUGGCCACACUCACUGGUGUCCUGUCCAUGCUUCUCCUUCCUACCUCCCCUAAGCAUCCCAGACAGUUUCUAGUCAGACUUCAGGUGGGGGAGUAAAGUCACUGGCCCAACCAGAAGAGGUUAAAAGGGCUGGGGGUGAACCUCUGUUCUUGAGAAACAUGGCUACCCUGAACCAGCCCCAUCAGGAGCAGGCCCUGUGAGUUACAGCUGGCUCAGGCUGUCCCUCCAGAGUUGUCUUCUGUUGGUGCCUUAGUUCUCAGCCAUCAACUCAUCUAGAUAGAGAAACUUUGGUUCUGGGGAUUUCUUCUUUAACUUUUAUAGAUAGUCCAGGAGAAUUCAUGGGCUGGGGGAAGUUCCAUGUUUGAGAAGGAAGCUGGAUGUUCAUUCUACCUUUUGAAGGAGAGAAGGAAGUCUUAGUCAGGUCUCAGACCCUAAGUGUCUACUGUAUAGAAGCUGUUUCAUAGUUUCGUGUUCUGCUGUUAAGACAUUAGCAUAAAUGCCAUGUUGAAGGAGCGCUGACUGCUUGGGGCUAAGGGUGGGAGUCUAGUGAUGUAACCAUGACGCCAUCUGCUGACCCCUUGUUGCAUUUUUUGAUGCUUACAAGUUUAUGGAAGUAGCUGAAAAGGGUGAAUAAGGAGGAGCUGGUGAAAAUGAGAAGAUGCUAGGGAAGAUGCCUGUUUGAUUAGAGUACUUGAAGUAGUGCAGGCCUGCCAGGUACUAAUGAGCCCCUUUGCUAGUCCUGGGAGUUCCAUGCUAUUUAUUCAGUGCUCUAAGCUUUGUCAGUACCUGUAGGUAAGCCCUCCUUGACAUGGUGACUAGAUGUCCUUAGGCUAGACCACACCAAAAGAUCCAUUGUGCUCACUAGCUAGCAAGACAGAACUCUUGAGAAAUGUCUUGGUCUUGCAGAGUCAUGAGUAGACAAACAAUGCUGAAUUAUCACUGCAUACUUACCUGUCCCUGAGUAACGAAGAACAUGGUGUUUAAGGAAAAUUGGGGAUUUUGUUUUAAAAUUUUAAAAAUCUGAUUAAAAGUUUCUACAGUUCAUAUACUGUAUCUUAUUGAGUCAAAGGCAGCACUGAGGGUGUGAGGCCCAAGAUGUGAAACCUUUGGGUGAGCUUGUCUUUGUGUAGAGACUGCUAGCCUGGCCUCCUCCAAGUAGUCCUGUGGUAGGUCACUGCCCCUACGUUUGCAUCUGUUUUUUGUUUGUGUGUACAGCACUGGGUUCUGUAGGACUUCCUGGAGAGCUUGUCACGGAUGCCAGACAUGGCGGUAUAUGCCUGAAAUCCCAGCUCCUGGGAGGCUGGGGCAGGAGGAUCACAAGUUUGAGCCUAACCCCAGUGACACGGUGAGACCCUGUCUCUAAAAAUAUAUGUAUAUGGGGGCCAGCAGGUGGCG